AUGUUUGUUCUUAAAUUCGUGUGCCUGUUGGCCACGGUUGCUGUUGCAAAGCCUACCUCAUGGCAGGUACCCAAGGUCGUCGAACAUCUAGACUCGACUCCCGAAGGGUGGAGAAAGAUUGGAGCCGCAGAUCCCUCCGCCAUUAUCGACUUCUGGUUGGCGAUCGAACGUGAAAACCCAGAGGAUCUUUAUACGGCGAUCUAUGACGUUUCUACCCCAGGGCACGCCCGUUACGGCAAGCAUUUGAAUCGUGAGGAGCUGGAUGAUUUGCUACGUCCAAGGGCAGAAACCAGCGAGGGUAUCAUCAGCUGGCUCACCACCGGUGGAGUUAGCCCUCAGGGAAUUCGUGACGAAGGGGAUUGGAUCAGGUUCUCGACCAAUGUCAAGACUGCCGAGAAGCUGAUGAACACGCAAUUCCACGUUUUCAAGGAUGAUUUGAGUGAUGUGUCGAGGAUCAGAACUCUGGAGUAUUCUGUCCCCGCCUCCAUCUCCGCCCAUGUCCAGAUGAUUCAACCAACAACAUUGUUUGGAAGACAAAAACCACAGAACAGUUUGAUUAUCCGCCCCCUGACGAAGGAUCUUGAGUCGAUGUCUGUUGAGGAAUUUGCUGCAUCCAACUGCAGGUCUCUGGUAACGACUGCCUGCCUUCGUGAAUUGUACGGACUCGGUGACCGCGUUACUCAGGCCAGAGAUGACAACAUUCUCGGAGUCUCAGGAUUCUUGGAGGAAUAUGCCCAAUACCGCGACCUCGAGCUCUUCCUGUCUCGCUUUGAGCCAUCCGCUAAAGGCUUCAACUUCUCGGAGGGUCUUAUUGCAGGCGGAAAGAACACACAAGGUGGCUCUGGAAGUUCGACUGAGGCGAACCUAGACAUGCAAUAUGUUGUCGGUUUAUCCCACAAGGCUAAGGUUACCUAUUUCUCGACUGCCGGUCGUGGUCCGUUGAUACCUGACCUGUCCCAGCCAAGUCAGGCAUCAAACUCCAACGAGCCAUAUCUAGAACAGCUGCGCUACCUCGUGAAGCUCCCCAAAGGCCAGCUCCCAUCUGUAUUGUCAACUUCAUACGGAGAUACUGAGCAGAGCUUGCCAGCAAGUUAUACUAAAGCCACUUGUGACCUCUUUGCCCAAUUAGGCACUAUGGGUGUAUCAGUCAUUUUCAGCAGUGGUGAUACAGGACCCGGCAGCUCAUGCCAGACAAACGAUGGCAGGAACGCGACGCGAUUUAACCCAAUCUACCCAGCUUCAUGUCCAUUUGUGACCUCCAUUGGCGGAACAUCUGGCACAAACCCCGAGCGCGCGGUUUCGUUUUCUUCCGGUGGAUUUUCAGACAGAUUCCCCCGACCUCAGUACCAGGAGGCUGCAGUUAAUGGGUACCUAAAGAUCCUAGGUGACCAAUGGAAGGGGCUGUUUGACCCCAAGGGUCGAGCGUUCCCUGAUAUCGCUGCUCAGGGAUCGAACUUCGCUGUAUAUGACAAAGGGCGCAUGACUGGAGUGUCGGGCACAAGUGCGUCUGCUCCUGCGAUGGCAGCGAUUAUUGGGCAGCUAAACGACUUCCGAUUGUCGAAGGGCGCUCCAGUGCUUGGAUUCUUGAACCCAUGGAUCUACUCCAAGGGCUUCACCGGCUUUACAGAUAUCGUCGAAGGUGGAUCCAGGGGCUGCACAGGCUACGAUAUAUACAGCGGCUUGAAAGCAAAGAAGGUGCCGUACGCGAGUUGGAACGCUACUAAAGGAUGGGACCCGGUGACUGGGUUCGGCACGCCCAACUUUCAAGCCUUGACGAAGGUGUUGCCGUGA